AUGGAUGACGAUGCCGACUUCACAAGCCGAUUGAGUAGUUUCUCCAUUUCAACAAGUGAGGAAAAAUUGACUCAACAGUUAGAUACCACACAUAUUACACCCACUUCAACUAUGCCAUCUAUAUUUGCUACAAAUUCCUUGAACAAUAAUAAUCUAGGAUCAUUACAACAACAACAGCAACAGCGAAAUCAUUUUCCCAAUAACUCAACCAAUGUUAAUAGUACUCAAGUUGAUAACGACAAUAAAUGGGAUAUUCAAAAACAAUCGGAAGGGAAUAACGAAGAGGAAGAUGGCUGGGGAGAUGCGCCUGCUGUAACUGCUGUUAAUCAAGAUACCCUUUUUGGCUUUAACUCUAUAAUGGAAACACCAGAGUUCGUCCGUAAAGCCCAAUUGGCAAAUACUACAACUUACGAUAAAAACUGUUAUGCUGCCCAGCAUGCAUUUCAACAAUACAGAAAUAAGCCUGUAAGCUUUACCUCUGCAGCGGCAGAAAUUCUUGGCAAAAAUCAACAGCAACAGCACCAAAAGCAGUGA